AUGACCCGCUGGGAGCCUGCUCCAGAGCCUACAAAGGGCGUUGACUGUGUGCCCACGAACGAUGAGCAAGAAGCAUGCGGUGAGAUCUGCUGCGCUGGCUGGCAGACCUGCGCGUUCAUGGGUCAAUGCUCUGCAAAGCCUGGUUACGAGGAGCCCACCGCUGUUGUGAUUACCACUGAUGGAAAGAUCACCACCCAAUACUCGGCUCCUUAUCGAGUCACUGGUACCACCACCAUCACAAACAGCGGUGCGCCCACCGAGUCCGGGACUGCAACUGAGACUGAAUCCGAGGCUUCUGCAACGGCCACUGAGACUAGCGAGGGCGCCGCAGCUGGCGAGACCGGAACUGGUGGUGGUGGCCUGAGUGCCGGUGCCAUUGCUGGUAUCGUCAUUGGCGUCAUCGCUGGUGUUGCGCUUCUCCUUCUCCUGUGCUUCUGCUGUAUUGCCCGUGGUCUCUGGGUUGCCCUCUUUGGCAAGAAGGACAAAGAGAAGAGCGAGCGUGUCGAUGUCUACGAGGAGCGAUACUCCCGCCGCGGCAGCCGACCACCUCCUUCGGCCUCGGCCCACUCCCGUCGUCCUCGACACAAGGGCUGGUUUGGUAUGGGUCGCCGUGGUUCCCCGUCUUCGGCCGGUGAUCGUCGUGAGAAGAAGUCAGAUGGUAAGAAGUGGCUCGGCAUUGCUGGUCUCGCGGCCACACUCCUUGCUCUCCUCAAUCUCAAGAAGGAUAAGCGACCUGCGAGCACCAAACCCGCGCGCUCAUCUCGAGGAUCAUCGCGAUCGCGGUAUAGCGACUCUUAUUACUCAUACAGUGACUACACCAGUCCCACUCAAGCUCAGGUGGACGAACGAACCGCACUCGUCGCACAAGAGACAGCCGAGCGAGGUCGUAUUACUCCCGCGACAGCAGGCGAUGAAGCCUUUAAAUCCCCGCUCCUCAUCCUUUUAUCCCCAUUCGUCACACAUAUACUCCCCAUCCUGUACAUGUCUCUGCAUUUGACAUAA